UAUGAGAGUUUAGAAAACAGCCAAUUCAUAGACAUUUGCCUUAUAGAGGCAACAUUUCACGUUAGGACUAAGUAUCUAUAAUUAGAGCUAACAUGAGAAGUAUUUGAUAAAGAAAUAGCUGCGUCCAUUAAAGGGACAGCAUCACGACGACAUAGGGAAAUAAAUGUGCGUUUCGUAAACAUUUUAUGUCACUGAAGAAUCGGAUGGAACAUAGUCUUUACCGACAACUCCCGAUGAGGAAAGGAUGGGGAAAGGCAUUUGCUCGAGACGACAGAGAACAAUAUUUCAGUCUUUCUUACUUCUCAUCUUUGUCUGCGGGACGAUAUGUGCCUUCAUGAUCUCUUAUGAGAUGCACAAAGAGUUGAAAAAGACAGAAGCGACAGCGUUGAAGUACCAACAGCAUCAGGAGUCACUUUCUGCACAGCUGCAAGUGGUAUACGAGCAUCAUUCUAAACUAGAAAAAUCCCUCCAUAAAGAGCGACUUGAGCAUAAGAAGGCUGAAGAGGAUUUCCUUUUGUUUAAACGGGAAUCACAAAAGGCCCUCAACAAAGAGAAGCAAGAGUCGAACUAUCGACUGAAUUCUCUGCAGACGGAGCACCAGAUCCUAAAGGCCCAGCAUGAAGACUUGAGAAUGGAAUAUUAUGAACUUCAAGAAAAGCACCAAAAUCAAGGGGAAGAUCACGAACAUGUUCUGGAUGAGCACAAGCAGGAAAUGGACCACAUGCAGAGAGAGAAGGAGGCUGAUAUAUCCAGACUGAAAGAGAAUGUAUACAAUCUUCAAGAGGAGAACAGACAGCUGCGGAAAGCUCAUCAGGACAUCUACACACAGUUACUUGACGUGCGGGAGCUGCACAAGAACCUAAAAGCUUCAAAAGAUGAUCUCACACUCACAUUAGAAGACCAUAAAAAUGCACUUGUUGCAGCCCAGCUUCAGGUGGAAGAACUGAGGCAAUUAAAGGGGAAUCACUAUAAAGCAUCCAAUGCAGUCCAAGCAGCUAAGAUCGAUACAUUACCCACUGCAACCACGCACAGCCAUGAACUGGAGGCAGUAGAACACAGGAAGAGGAUCCAGGAACUGGAUUUUAAGCCUAAUGUGGUGGAAGGAUAUCAGGGAAAGGAAAAUGUGUUACCCCCUCACGGUGUGUUGGAUAUCAAUGAGACCAAAGUUGAAAUGAAGCAGCCGCCUCAAAUUGAUGUUUUUGCAGAGGGAAAAGGGCAGAAAGAGGAAAGAAGCACAUCAAAGGAUGGAGGAGGAGAGGAUGAGAGGAAACAGGCAGCGCUGGAACAUUCCUUAUCAAAUCUAGAAGAGCAGAGCAUUAACCUGAGUAACACUCUAAGCCAAACCUUGGAGAAAAAGACACAGACAGAGACACUCCACAGAACCAAAGAACACUUUGAGGCUUUGGAUCAAGUUAUUGCUGAACGGAAUGCUGUGCAAUUACACCAUGAUUUGGCUGGACGAGAAGGUGUGAAAAAUAUUGAGAACACUCAAAAGCAUGAUAAGAAUGGCUUAUUUGAGAAAAGCCUGGGAGUAAGGGACCUGAACUCUGAGAUUGAGGCCAACAAUCUAAAAAAAGAGGAUGAAGUGGCAGAAGAAGAAACAGAGGAUAAACCCAAUAUGAACAAGGACAGGCCUGAGGAGGAUGAGCAGAUUGUGGUGAAACAUCAGGAUGAGGUGGCAGGCAAUCCAGAGCAGCAAGAGGAGCAGCCAGACGAGCAAUAUGAGGAUGAGUUAGAAAAUGGGACUUUUGAUGACUCAGUGCAUGAUAGAGAGAAGAGCACAGAGAAGGAAGAGAAUGAAGAAGAUCCCUACAGUGAGAAUAAUGGAGCAGAGGACCUAGCCUGAAUGAAAAAUCAGAGGCAGAAACUGGCGUCACUUGGAAAGAGAGCAUCCAAGUAAAAGUGAUAAAGAGGAUGAAGGAGAUCUUAAGGAAUCCAAUCAAAGACCUGAGAUGUGACGAAGACUUACACUUACACUUCCUUUUUUGACUGUCAGAAAAACAUACAAUAUUUUCUAAUUUUAAGAAUAUAUAUAUAUAUAUAUAUAUAUAUAUAUAUAUAUAUAUAUAUAUAUAUAUAUAUUCUUUUUUUUUAUAUAGAAGCAAUGACAAAUAUUUGGUCAGCAUUUAUAUUUAAUCAAAGUAUUGUAUCUUUUCGGUGCAAUCUUACUAGGGCAAUAUGAACUGGUAUCCUACCAAUUGAAAGAAAUGUAGGAGUUACAUGUAUAUAUAAAUGUUUCAAUGAUUUAUUUUAUGCAAUUUGUUUGAAUUAAGCACAUUUUUUUAAAAAUAACAUGUAGUAUAGACUGUUAAUGCUUCCAGUCUUUUCAAAUGUAACUUUUAUUUUAAACCUUCGUUUAGGUAUAUUACUUAUAUUUGAUAACUUCGUGCACACAUUGUCUUUCCCUAUCAAGUAUAACAAAAUAUAACUCUCUAAUUAUUACCAUCAGAUCUAUUGUUGUGAAUUAAAAUCCUAUGCAAUCUUUAUGCUUAUAAAUAGGAACCUUUAUAUAAUAAUUUGGGAAUUAGAAGUGGAAUGGAAGAAUUAUUAAACAUUAAGAAUUACAGAAAAUAGAAAUUAGUCUUACAGAGAUAUCAUUUAUAUGUACUUUGGAAGGAUAUGGUCAUUUAUUUUAAAUUUGAAACACAAGGACUUAAAAAAUUUACUUUAAGGAAUAGUUCAACCUAAAAUAAUAAUUCUCUCAUCAUUUACUCAUCCUCAUGCAACACCCAGAUGUGUAUGACUUUCUUCUGCUGAACACAAACUAAGAUUUUUAGAAGACUAUUUUAGCUCUGUAGGUCCAUACAAUGCAAGUGAAUGGUGGCCAGAAAUUUGAAGGUCCAAAAAGCAAAUAAAACCAGCAUAAAAGUAAUCCAUAUGACUCCAGUGGUUAAACCAUAUCAUCAGAUGCUAUAUGAUAGGUGUGGGUGAAAAACAGAUCAAUAUUUAAGUCCUUUGCUAUAAAUUCUCCUCCCUGCCCAGUAGGUGGCUAUAUGCACAAAGAAUGUGAAUCGCCAAAAACAAAAGAAGAAGAACGUGGAAGUGAAAAUUGAGAUUCAUAGCAAAAAGUGACUUAAAUAUUUAUCUGUUUCUCACACACACUUGUCAUAUCGUUUCAGAAGACAUGAUUUAACAACUGGAGUCCUAUUGAUUACUUUGUGUUUUAGAGCUUCAAAGUUUUGGGAUCAAAACAGAGCUGAGAUAUUCUUCUAAAACUCUUCGUUUGCGUUCAGCAGAAGAAAGAAUGUCAUACACAUAUGGUAUGGCAUAGGGAUUUUGUAUGUGUAUUGUUUUUCAUAUAAAAUCAAUAAAAAUAUUCUUAUAACAAUAACAUACGCUCAAAUGAACGCCAGAUAGACCGCGCAAGCUGAUUUGCCAGGGGACGGAAGUCGUCACCCCCCACAUCGUCACCUUUCUAACUGUUCAUGCAUAAAACUUCCGACUACCGAAGAUGAAAACAAAAAAAUAUAUAGCAAAAUUCUGUUAGUUUAGCAUCACGGAUGCCCUUAGUACUGACCCCUCCGCUAUGUGACUUUAAAGACGAAGGCGAGAGCAGGUAUUUCUUCAUGCUGAAGACUGCGUUAUGAUCAUAUUACCUCGACGACGUCGAGAUGGAAACAUUUAUCUGGUAACUUCGAUAGCUAGCUUGCUACUAUCUUCCUAUGGGAGAUUCAGCUAGGUUGCUAACUCUAAAACCAUCUGAGCACAAAAGUAAAGCUCAAAUAACCACAUGACGAGGUCUUUUAUCAUACAUAAAUCGGUAGAUAAAAAGAAAUGUCUAAUAAGACACAUCCUCCGUAAUAAUGUAUGGGAUAGCAGGUUAAGUUAUUAACCACAGCUACUCUCUUUACACUUAGGUUCACCUUGAUCUUUUCGUCCACAAAAUAACAAAAGUGUUAGAUACUAUAGCGUAAAGGUGCAAACCCUCUCCUGUCCUCUCACAAUAAUAUAGGACACUGUUGUAGCAAUACACAAUUAGUUUGACCACGAAUGAAGACAGUUGGGUGUAAUGAAGGUGUCCACCCACCCUACAUAAAACAUUUUUAAUCUCAAUGUGACUGAUUCAGUGCAACCCUGUUCCUGGAGGCCCACCAAUACUACACAUUUUGGAUAUCUCCCUAAUCAAACACACCUGAUUCAACUCAUCAGCUCGUUAGUUGAGACUCCAAGACCUGAAUUGGGUGUGUCAGAAAAGGAGAUAUACAAAAUGUGCAGUGUUGGGGGGCCUCCAGGAUCAGGGUUGGGAACCACUUCAAAUCAUUCACUGGCCUAAACAAGUUUUCAGUUGAUCAAACACAUGUACAUUCCAAUGUUUAUUAUGCUAUUUUUUGUUUCUAUGGUUAUUAUUAUUUGUACUUUAUAAUACAUUCUUGAAAAAUAGUAUAUAUAUAUAUAUAUAUAUAUAUAUAUAUAUAUAUAUAUAUAUAUAUAUA